AUGAGCAUGCCGAAUCAAGGCUCACGGGUGGGAUAUCCGGACGGUUUACUCAAGGUAGGCAUUGUCACGCCAAAAGUCCUGUUCGACUACUCACUUUUGGGCUCGGCCAGACUGUUGGCUGAACUGAUAGAACGUUGCUGCUUGCGGCGCAAUCCGAACGGAUGUGACCAUAUAAUCAUUAUCAAGUCAAGUGAGAUGAUUCCAAUCGGUUGCUGUUUCGAGUACCGUGAUGAUACGAUUUUAGUUUCCAACUGUUUCACUCACGACAAUCACGAAAUGCUGCAGCAGUUUUUUGCACAAUUCGUGAAAACGUUGACUACUGUCUACCCGGAGUACGAGAUUUUACAUGGAUCUGGGGUUGUAAAUCUCAGACUGGAGGUAUUCUGCGAGUAUUUGGUCAGCAGUUUACCGGACUCAGUGUUCGAGGCACUAACGGAAGAAAAUGGUGAUCGUACAACCGUUUUGUUUGAAAAUUCAUCACAACCGCCAGCAGCAACAUACAAUUCCCGGUGGAUGUUUGUUGAAGAAGAAGCGAUGUUCCAUAUUAACCUCUCGGUGUUCAGUAUAGAUCGAGGAGCUGGAGCUUUAUGCGACCGGAAACGGUGCCUGUCGCAGAUCCUGUUUCAACCCCAUUCACACAAUUCUGCCAUAAUCUCCUACUUAGAAUCUGUCAUCAGAAUCGACACGAACCUGGCGCCUCACGCCUUCAAUAUAUUGUCACUCAUUUUGCCAACCAACUACACAGAGAACUCGUAUAUUCUUGUAGAUACUGCACAGUUAGCAGAACAGCUCGAGCACAGCUCGGUUCCGGUGAGUGAUAUUGCACUGUUUUUGAGCAAGGACUUGCGUGCCAAUCUGGAGCCUUUUGUGUGUCUACUACUGGAUCGGCUGCAGUUCAAUCAGGACGAUCACACAGAUGUGCUCAAUUUGUUGAGUGAACUGGUCGAAGAUCCGCAUGGAAAAGAACACGUUGCGCAUAGAUUGGAGGAUUUGAUCGGGGUUGCUGUUCGAACGGACCGCGCUUCAAUACGACAACGACUGGUCGAUAUUGCGCAGCAGGUCGAUCCAAUCGACUGGCUCAACGGUAACGAUCAAAGUUUAAUCUUGAUGCAAGCACAAGAAAUUCACGGUACACUCAGUGGGCAUCACGUUGUGGAUUUCAUCGAAUUUUGGAAGCACCAUUGUGAUGAUAUUUCCCUGACAGAUCAUGAAGUUGAUUUGUGUUCGAAAAUACUGGGCGACACGGCGAAUCAGCAAUACUUUGAAGAAAUUGGUAAUCUUUUAUUGAUAAGCAAUUUUCGAAGAAAACCGGGCAUCAAUCUUCUCCCGAUUGUGAACGUUGUGAAGCACAAUAUUGAGCUGAUGCGGUAUCCAGGUAUUGUUGAUCUGCUAUUGUAUGAUGCAACGGGAGGUUUGAUUGAUUGCGAGAACUUUCCUGACGAAACUCGGAGUGAUCUUUAUCUACUUGUCAAUGAUGCCACCCUGUCGCUCCAACACAGAGUGAAUAUCAGCAAGUUAAUUAUCACUAUGUUCGGAGAGUCAUUGAUAUACAAGUAUCCUAUUUCACAGAUACCGUUUUCAAUCGAAUCACUUGAUCUACCUCGACUACUCUUGGUUACGUGUGCUGAUAAAAUCUGCGAGUCGUGUGACAGCACUGCCGAGGGGGCCAUUGCAUUUCUACUGCAAUACUACGCAAAAAUUAACCAGGACGUAUCAAUAAUGAAACAACUCUAUAAAUUUAGAGCAGGUGGUACACCCAAGGCCGAUGUGUAUUUGAUGUUAAACGCACUGUGUUUGACCAAAUCGCUUGGUUUGCAAGUGAAUUUGGAUGAUGCGGAAGAUACGAUCCAAAACGAUUACCUCUAUCGAUUGCUAUUUUCAGUAAUGCUGAAAUUGUAUUCACGCGACAGGAAUCUAGAGGAAGAGGCGGAAUUGGCGAGUCUCUUGGAUGGAUUGCAGAGGUCGUUUGAUGAAAAUGAGAACUCUUCACGGAGGCGAGUUGAAAUUGUUAUGCAAUUGUUUAUUUCCGAUUCGGAAACCUUUGUUGAGGAUUUGUGCUUUGUAAACGAAGUGCUCUACUUGUUGCGAACUAGUCCACUUGCGUUGAAUAGGUUUUUCCGGAAGGAUUUUCGUGUGUGCAAAGACGAGUCUCAGUUGCACGUGGCUAAGUUACAAGAUAUUUUGCACAGCAAACAAAUAAAAUGCACCAAGGAAGCAGUGGAGCAACUGAACCAAUUUAGACGAUUUUAUCAACGGAAUAUCUUUUAUGACAUUCUGGAACAAGUUGAACCCGGUACCAGCUUGGACGAGCUAUUGAACUUUUUCACACAACUUGACAGCUCAGAAAUGGACUGUACAGAUAGAGAAUUGUUCCUGGCUAGUAUUCCGGACAAUACUGGACCAUCAUUCUGGACGCCAUUGCUACAUGAGAAAAUGUUGCACAUCUACAUGACAUCAGGGUUCAACGAUCGAACGGACCAAACUGAGCGAGUCGAUGAUGAGCGAGCUGGUGCAAACGCAUAUAACGAAGCAAACAAUACGAAUUAUUGUUACACUAUCAAAGAUAUUGACGUGAUUGCGCAAUCUUGGAUGGCCGAAUUCCAAAACGGUUUUAUCAUUUCUCCAGCAGUCACGAUAGAGGAAUUUUUUGACCGGCAUUUGAGUGAAGUGAAUAGACGCUAUAAAGUAGAUCGACAAACUACAAUUGUUCCGGUCUCGACGUCGUCGAAGCAGUGGAUAUUGAUUGCAUUUCAUCCCCAGACUGAUCGCAAUAUGGUGCUCUACUUGGACACCCGUGAUCCCUUCCAGUUUUCUGACGAUCAAACGAAGAUGAAAGAACUAUUGCAAAAGUCCUGCAGUUAUGCCACUAUUAGAGAAUAUUUCUUUCCGAAUGGAAUACGAGUUCCGGAUUCUGGUCCAUAUGUUCUGCUUUUGGAUGAUGAAACCGAGGAGUUGGAAGUAGCACAAAUUGUCAUCUCUUGUCGAUUUCCACCAAACGAAAUGUUCUUAUCGGACUCCGUGGAUUAUGACUAUGUGUUUCGUUCGGUUGAAUUUGACUUUCUGGUGGUGCAAGAUAUCACCCGCCGCAUUCUGCAAUUGUUUGUAAACUGUGCGCAACCCACGGUCAGUUCGAACGAGAUCAUUAUGAAUGCGACCGAUCUGAGGUCAUUAAACGUCACCGCAGAGACACCCGAACCGGCUAUCACGCUCUCGUCACUGCAACAUAGGAAUAUACUGGAACAGCUUGGAGUUUCGAACUGUCAAGAAGAGAAUGAAAAGUUGUAUGUACAUUUCAAUCUGGCCCCGGAGAAAAUGAUACGAAUUGAGCAAACACCGUUACUCAAAACUGCCCAGAUGAACGUGAUUUUAGAAAAAUCGCGUUUACUUUUUGCCGCCGGAUGGCAUCAUGAUUCGAUCAGAAUGGCGCUGCGAAACGUUAACUCUACCACCCGGCUUUCGCAGCUUCUUUGUGCUUUUGACAUAAUCGCUGAUUUCCGAUUGAGAGAGUUUGAUACAGAUGUAGCACUGUCAAAUUUACUCGAACAGUUAGCGUACGUCGAUACCAAGACAUUACAACAAAGAGUGCAUCAGUUGGCCAUUCGUUGCACGUUUCCCGAGGCUCAAGAUAAGUCGCGGAGUAAAUUGUGCUCCGAACUAGUAACCACUAACGCGCAUCAGAAUAUCUCCUAUCUGAAUGAUUCCGAUGUGGAAAUGGAGCUUGAAAAAGUAUGGGAUGAAUACAAGAAUGUGCACAAGUGGACGAAGAGUCAAAUUCGGGAGUGGGCAAAUGAUGUAAGGACGAAGGAAUCUCCAGUUCCACUGCAUCUGCACACACUGAUAGCUGUCUUGAUGAGAGGCGUCCAAUUGACGCAUGGAUACACACCGAGAGAUGCGCAACUGUUAGCCUUGCUGUGUCUUCUGAAUGCCCGGUCCGAUCGAGGAAGACUUUUACAAGUUGACACGGGGGAGGGAAAAACUGUCACAAUUGCCAUGUUU